CAGACAAACUAAUCGUUCGGGCCGAGGCGUGAUCUGGAAUUCCUCGAAUCCCAAACCCUAAGGGGGAGGAGGAGGCGGAGGAGAAGGGAGGGAAAGGGAGGGAGAGAUGAGCGUAAUCGAUAUAUUGACGCGCGUCGACGCGAUCUGCAAGAAAUACGACAAGUACGACGUCGAGAAGCAGCGCGCCGAAAACGUCUCCGGCGAUGACGCCUUCGCCCGCCUCUUCGCCGCCGUCGAGUCCGACAUCGAGGCCGCCCUCCAGAAAUCGGAGAUGGCGGCGCGGGAGAAGAACAGGGCGGCGGCGGUGGCGAUGAAUGCCGAGAUCCGGCGCACGAAGGCUCGGUUGAUGGAGGAGGUGCCCAAAUUGCAGAGGUUGGCGCUCAAGAAGGUUAAAGGACUUUCAAAAGAAGAGCUUGCUGCACGGAAUGAUUUGGUUCUUGCACUACCAGAGAGGAUCCAGUUGAUUCCAGAUGGAAGCACCACGGGCACCAAACAAACCGGAGGCUGGACUGCUUCAGCUUCUCGCCAAGAAAUUAGAUUUGACUCAACUUCAGAUGGAAGAUUUGAGAGUGAAUACUUUCAGCAAACUGAAGAAUCAAACCAAUUCAGACAAGAGUAUGAGAUGCGCAAAAUGAAACAGGAUCAAGGUUUGGAUGUUAUAUCUGAAGGUUUGGAUACACUGAAAAACAUGGCCCAUGAUAUGAAUGAGGAAGUGGAUAGACAAGUCCCUUUGAUGGAUGAGAUUGACACCAAGGUGGACAGGGCUACUGCAGACCUUAAAAAUACUAAUGUGAGACUGAAGGAGACUGUUAACCAGCUGAGAUCCAGUCGCAAUUUUUGCAUUGAUAUCAUCCUGCUGUGUAUUAUUUUGGGCAUUGCUGCUUAUCUAUACAAUGUAUUGAAGAAGUGAGCUACUUGAAAAUUUGGGACCUAUGCUUGGUCUUGCGUCUGACCACGAGCAUGUGUUCAAUGGGACCAAGACGGGCUAAUCUGUACGCGUUGAUGCCUCCCUGUUCUCUGAUUGCAAUGUAUAUUUGUUUUCAAACUAAAUAGCGACAUAUUUUAGUUUUCUGGAUAUUACAGGAACUUCGUGGCUUGUGUUUUUUUUUUUUUUUUUUUGCUUUGGCGUGGCUUGUGCAUUGAUAGCUUGAGUUUUUUCUGUGUUUUAGAGCCCAGAGACGGAUGUUUGCGGCUUAAUGACCGGCUGUCAUCUUAUGCAUCGGAUGUUUGAUAGCUUGACCAGAUGUCCCUGACUAGCGUUAAGAUAACUGAUGCUGCUUAAAAUAUACUUCAACUCUGACACUACUGGAUUAAAAUAAGGUGGAAAUUUGGGUGUAUUCAUGA